AUGCAGACUAACAUUUUCUUGUGGUUUAUUGGAAUACAGACAUUGAUCAAUCGUGAAAAAGAUGACGUGCCUGGCAAUUCCGAGAUCGUUAAGCAGCUUCUCCUCGAAAAUAGAGUUCUCUAUAAUCGCCAGAGACACGAAGCAGAAGCGCUGCAGCUGCAGCAGUACAUGGAUCUUUUGGCCACAGACCCGCAGCACGAGCAGGUGCGCGUCCGGAGCCACUUUCCCAUUGUGCAGGUGUCCGAACAUUCGUUGGAAGAGUUUGUACCGCCGUUCUGAUGGUGUGACGAGUUUAGCAUUUUGAAGCGACAUAUAAUGGGGCUUGGCGGGAUCCUCAUUGCCUUGUGGGGGUCUGCGCAGCUUUCGCUGGACGUGGUUGGUCUAAGCGAAUACGAGGUGUUUCCUCGGCAAUCCACUCUGCAGUGCGAGAUGAUGUUUGUCCCAUGUCAAUACCGGUCGCGCGAGUGUCCGAAAUGACAGCUUGAAAGGACUCUGUGCCGCAUUUCUUAAUGGACGGAAGUUUUGACUGUAAAUCCCAAGUGAGAUGUAAUCUCAAGCAACCACUGCCUAUGGCCCACAUGUCUGGACACUUAUUCGAAGAGUCUUUGUCGGCCUUCUCCUUAUACAUGGGACAACGCUCUAUCCCAAUACCCACUGCGAGAUAGCCCGUGUCUGGGCCCUAUUCCGCACGGACGACUGAACAGUUUGUAUAUGCCGCCCAUAUAGUCGGACUGGUGGUCUAACGCCUGAUAGCAACUGUUCCUUGUUAAACCGGUGAGUGUGAGUACUGUGCUCACCGUACAGGUGAUUGAACACCUGUUGAAGGACUUCGGGCAACCGAUUCAUUGCGAAGCAGGUACAUGAAGUCUCAUUAUGACUGUGACAGGGGCGGAUGGCUAUAUCUGAUCUUUAUACCACGAGUUGAUGCAUGAUUGAUGCCAUUUGCUGAAUAGUCUGAGCCUGUCUUGCAUACGCUUAUUCUGCCAGUUCAGUUAAAAAUUUAAUGGCCACCUUUGGAUUGUACGAGCACUCAACGUAAAAAAGCUCAGCUCACGGCACGGAAGUUUCCGCUGCUCCGAUUGGUAGAGAAUAUCCACUUCGUUUGCAAGAGCCAAAUGCACAGGCGCAAUCUGCGCCGUAAUUCUGUGCUGACCAGGUAGCCAAUCCAAAUCAUGCAAAUGAUUGAGCCUUUCUUGGACCAGUUCGUGCCGUGUCUAGAUUGCACUGGGUUGUAAACCCUCAGUAGUAGUCGGACAAUGACUUGUUAGUCGGUGGUAUCAUCUUAUCCGUGCCUGUGCCCGUGUCUUUGCCUGUGCUUCAUCUGUUUGUGUAUCUCCUCCCCUUUGACUGGAGUGCGCAUCUUGUGAUCGACCAGGCUAGUGGAAGACGCUCGCUGUGAUGGGCCGCAUCAUAGCGCCCACACUGGAAGAUUAAAGAAGUUUCUUAGCUUAGCCAGGUACACCUAUAUACACCUACGUACACUCAUUCACAACCGCUUGGGCUUGGUAUUUACCACGGCGUUAUAGCAGAAAUGUCUGAAGCUACUUUCAGGGAGUCCUUUGCUUUGAGGGCACGAGGCACCUCACGGGAAGUGUCUCGGAUGGGCUGUGAAGCGAGAUUAUUAGGCUGUGGACGGUUAAGGACGCACAGGACCUGGGGCAGAAUUCUAUAUGGCCCAAUACGUAUAGUACAAGACACCCAUAGUGGGGACGUCGUGUGUGGACGGAAGACUUAGGCCCAGCGGAGACCAUUGGAGCCAGUUACCUUGCUGGCGGCAAGGGUGGUUGCGGAUGUAUAAAGAAGUCAAAACAACGUUAUGACGGUGCCUCGUGGUGCUAAGCUGGUGAGAACGAAGAAAUCGGGGAGGGCUGCUCAGGCGCGUAUCGAUCCGGAAUUCGGGGUGUGCAUCAUUCAAAUCUAAGGCUCGUAUAGAUUUUAUAGACCCUACAACAGGCCACCCGGACAUCGAUGAAGGGGGAGUGAUGCCGCGACUGUAGUCCACAUCUCACAAUCACACUGAAGCACGUACCAGAGUUGUAGAUUCGAUCGGAAAGUGACAGCAUCGAUUCAGAUGGGAUUAAUAAUAUUUUAAAUGGCUUCACGUAGAAGAGCGUCCCAGAAAACUCGAAUGUGCGUUCAAAACAUAGUAAAUAUGAUUUCGGACUCGUUUAUUUUGAAUAUGUCGAGUGUGUGCCAGGCUGGAGUGGCGUUCAUUUGCCGUUUUUAGGCACUCUUCGUUGGUUGUACUGUGGAUACUAGUCUCGUGUAUAGGGAGAACCUCGAAUACUGUACGGGCAUUCUAGUUCUGAAAGUGGCUGGAACAUCAUUAGGAGGGGGCACCUCUCAAAGCGCGCAGUUCAUCGUGGGCAGGCCCAAUUGAAUUUGGGGCUUGCAAACAGUCAGUAUGAUAAUCAGGUUCAUUCUUAUCGCCCGGGAUACUCGCACUGAUUUAUCAAGGCCGUUUAGGUGGUGUUAUCUGCGGGUAUCUCGAUUGAAGCUAGUGAACUAACCAUAUAGAAUAAAACCAAACCACGCUCGUGCGUGUGUUGAACUUUGAUACUGUGGUUUAUUUCAACUGCCAUGGUUGUAGACAGGUGUGUGCUCACCGGCGUGUUGCAUUAUAGUCCCCACAUCUGAGGCCAGACACCACACCUCCACAUCGGCAAUGUGGAAUUGUACUGUCCAGAUGAGAGAGGGUAUCGAAGUAUAAGUUGAGAAACACUUGUAUAAACGUUCUAAUG